CCAAUCCGUCUUCCAUCACAUGAGUUUCAUAAUUUGAACUUUCUUCCAGAUCCAAUCCCAUCAAAAGAUAAUACGGAUCAUUAUGCAACUUUUCAACAAGUUUAUGGUACUAAAACUACAGAAGAAUAUAGGCUGACAUAUAUUCAGUCAAAGGCGAAUUCAGAUAACAAGUCUUUAACUAAUGAAGAACAACUGGAUUAUCAACAAAUAUUAGAAUUGUAUUCAUACUCCUGUGUCACACCAAUUUUUCUUGAUGAUCAUUACUUAAAAGAAGUUAUAUUCGUAUGUUCGCAGAUUAAUUGCGAUUCACCAAUUGAAAUAUUGUACUACUCAAGUCGUAAAGGAAACUAUCUGAUUUGCUAUUAUUGUGGAAGUAGAGAAGAUCUGGUAACUCCUCCUCAGUCUUUAAAAAAACGGUUCAAGCAAAUUUAUCCGUUAUGUGAAUUCUGUCAGUUAGACCAAAAAGAAUUCCAUAGAAAAGGG